AUAAGUUAUCUGAACCGCAAUGAACUGUCUGCUUGGAAACCGUAUGUAAACGAGGCCCGAGCCCGACAACCACGACCACAAGCUCUUCUUUGUGGGGGACCCACCUGCUUUUUAGGUUGAGGUAGAUAAAGUACAGCAACCACGCGAAAACUUUGGCUUUGGUUGCAGACUCAAAACAAUGGCUGCUUCUUCACUCAUUUCCUCAUCAUUUCUUCCUCCCACCAAGCCUUUAACAAUUCAACGCCAAAACGAUCAUCAUAACUCGACAAGCUUCAGGAACCGAGCUUCCUUGAAGGUCGUAGCAGCCAAGCUUCCUGCUGGUGUUGAAGUGCCAAAAGUAGAGCCGAAAUUCAAUGCACCUUUUCUUGGAUUUACGAGGACAGCUGAGAUAUGGAAUUCCAGGGCCUGCAUGAUUGGCAUAAUUGGGGUUUUCAUUGUAGAACUGAUACUAAACAAGGGAAUACUUCAGACUAUUGGGGUAGAUGUUGGGAAAGGUCUUGAUAUUCCUCUGUAAAGAUUCAGUCCAGGAAGACAAGAACGUUAGAUCAAUCUAAAAUGGCGCUUUGUUUUGGAACAAGAAAAGCGCCCUUCUCUUUGUUUUAAAACAUGAAACUAGACUUCUUUAUACUCUAUAUAACAACAUUGCAACACUUUGACCAUCAUAUGUAGGGUAUGUCAUUUUUCUCCUGUUCAAGCUUCAAAAUGUUCUCAGUUAUGGAUUGGCUUGCAAUAUGAAUUACUCUGCCAAUCUCAAACAACAUGGAAUUUGCAGAAUGACCCCAAAUAACAUUAAACUAUAAACUGAUUUCAUUUCAGUUCAGGCAUGAUCAAUGAGGCUAAACUGCUCGGUGAGACGAACGAAGAUCAUUUUUUACUGCAAUUUAUUUUUUAAAAUUAUAAAACUAUCAACGAGGUUUAAUAUCCUACAACACAUGGUCUGUCUCGCAUUAGGUACGGCCGUUUAUAUCUUGCAUACUGCAUCAUCUACGAUCUGCUGAAUGGUACUUAUUGCCAAGGAAAGAUUUCCUGACAAACCCAACCAGACGAAGAAACUACAGAAUAAUCCAACUUUCCUCUCACAGCAUGUAAAGGAGGUGAAUUGUUGUUUCGAGGCUCAGAUAAAAUCCUCAUAUUUCAUUUUGGAUCCAUAAACAAAGCAUAUUCAACUGCCAUAUUAGAACAAGCAAAGGAUGGUUUACAGCACUUGGCUAAUUCUAGCAUCUAUAACCGGCACUUUACUAGAACGCUCUGAGAUGUCCAACACAUCAGCUAGUACUAUACGACGGUUACUACAUGCAGCUUCUGCCCAUGUUUUCUUUUUCUCUCCUUCAGUCUUCCUGUUCUGCUGAACACAAAGUACAUCUGCAUACCCACCUGCAUAAACAACCAAUCAGAUUACUGCAGUGCACUAUGGAAAGAUACAUGCUCAAACCCCCUUGAAAUCGAAUACACACGUCUUGUUGCCAUCGCAGAAUGCCCAACUUAUAUCAUAUGCUGCUGCUGUAUUUGUGUUGGAUGCUGGCCACAUCAUGCCAAAGUUAAGCAGGGCAUAUCAUGCUCAUAUUAUUGGGUGAAAUACAAAACCCCCCUAUGAUUAUCUGAAAAAGAUACUAAACCCCUUGUAGUUUCAAAAUACCAACUUUCCACAUUUGGCUAUCCACCCUGUUAGUCAUACUGUUACCUACUUAAACCCCACUUUCAUAGUCAAACCGUUAGCCAUUAUGUUUUUUUCUUUCAUUUCUUUUUCCCCUUUCUUUGUCAUUUUCAUCCGUGUAUGCUCAAAACCAACGUCAAUUAUCAAUAUAACAGUGUAUACAAAUCCAGAAAAAAUAAUUAUAACCCAUAAAUUAUUAGAAAGAAAAGAACUAUUAAUUUGUUUUAGAACUAACGAAGAAAAAAUAUAUUUAUUUGCAAAAUCUGCAAUCACAUGAUCCAAAUUAUCAAAACGAAUAUAAAAAGCCAAAAAAUCCCAAUCACCAACUCCAUUCUCAAGCAUUUUCAAGCAACAAAACAAGAAUUCCCAUCCCCAGCACCAUAGGGCAACCUGUCCAGUUUCUAAAUGGCAUUAAUUUAAAGAAAAAAAAACUUAAAUCAAUUUAAUAAUGAAAUGAUCGCAAGAUCUAAUUAAAAAACAAGAGUUCCUUGAACUAUUUUCUUCAAAUUUGGAAGAACUUGGCAUCAAUUGAAGUUUAUAUGAAAAAAGAAAGGCAUCUAGUUUACUAGCCUUAAAAUUUUCCAUUAAAAGAACUAGGAAGAAAAAGCUUAGAGUGAGAGUGUGGACAGAAGAGAGAGAAACAUGAGGGUGGAGAAGAAAGCCAUAGAUUAAAAAGAGAAGAGGAAAGAAAAAUGAAGGGAAAAGAAGCAAGAGACUCCAAAGAUUUGAAG